UUUAAAUAAAAAUAUUUUUUUUUUUUUUUUUUAGUUUUAACGUAAAUGUUUGUUUUUUUUUUAAUCUUGACGAUUUGAAUACUCAAAGCCCUUGUUUAUGUGAAUUAUUUUGAACGUUUUUAACAAAAGCACAAUUAUUACUGUUUCAUCACUGUUUUGCAACCAUCAAAUGAUAUUGUUUUGUGAUUUGACUUACGGCUGACUUAACUAAUGGAAAAUCAAAUUAAAGUAAAACCCACAACUAGUGCUCUAAUAGCUGCCAGAAAAAAGGAAUUUCUGGAGACAAAUAAUAUGAAAGGUCGUCAAUUGUAUGAUCAUGUGCAAGAUGAUUUUAAAAAUGCCAGAAGUUUUAUUGAUAAAUCAAUUAAAAGUACUGGAAUCAUCUAUGAUGAUCAGUUUUCUAACCACUUGUGUGCUUGGGAUAUUAAUUAUCCAGAAAAUCCUCAGCGAUAUGAAUCGAUCAUUAAAAGAUGUAAUGAGUUAGGAUUGAUUGAAAGGUGUUUAAAAAUACAGUGCCGGAAUGCCACCAAUGAUGAGUUAUUAAUGAAACAUUCACAAAGCAUAAUAGACAUAUUAAAAUCUACUGAUAAUACACAAUCAGUUGAUCUUUUACAAACGUUGUCUUCUAAAUUUGAUGCAAUUUACUUUCACCCAUAUAAGCAGUCUUUGUUAGCUACAGGUAGUUCAAUAGAGCUUGUUAAAGCAAUUUGCGAAAAUAAAAUACAAAAUGGAAUGGCUUUUAUCAGACCUCCUGGACAUCAUGCUAUGAAAUCAAAAUUUUGUGGCUAUUGUUUUUUCAAUAAUGUUGCUAUAGCUGCAGAAUAUGUUCUUCGACACUAUUCGGUUUCCAAAAUUUUAAUUGUUGAUUGGGAUGUUCAUCAUGGACAAGCUACACAACAAAUGUUUUAUGAUGAUCCAAGAGUCUUGUAUUUUUCUAUUCAUCGUUAUGAACAUGGACAGUUUUGGCCUAAUUUGCGUGAAAGUGAGUGGGACUAUACUGGUAAUGGCGAUGGCCAAGGUUUCAAUAUAAAUGUACCACUUAAUGCUACUGGUAUGAAAGACGCUGAUUACCUUGCUAUUUUUCAUCAAAUUUUAUUACCAGUUGCUUCAGAAUUCCAACCAGACCUUAUAUUAAUAUCAUCUGGUUAUGAUGCUGCUCUAGGAUGUCCUGAGGGAGAAAUGGAAGUUACGCCUGCAUGUUAUGCUCAUUUAGUUCGUUCUCUCAUGGGUUUUGCGUGUGGUAGAGUUGCUGUUUUACUGGAGGGUGGAUAUUGUUUGAAAUCAUUAGCAGAAGGAGCAGCAUUAACUUUAAAAUCAUUACUCGGAGACCCAUGUCCACUGCUCGAUAUGACUAGCAAUCCUUGUAAUAGCAUUGUACAAACAAUACAGAAUGUAAUUUUUGCACAUCAAAAAUACUGGAAAUGUUUUCAAGUUGACUUUUUAUUAAGUCAGUCAUUCAGGGCAGUAUCUAUGUAUUCAUACUAUGAGGAACCAUUGAAUGUAUUUCCAACUUUUGACUGUUAUCCUACUCAAGACAUCUCAAAAAUAGAUGAAUUUUCUGUUCUUCAACAUUUAAUUUCUGAGACCCAAUUAUUAAACAUAAAUAAUAAAGUUUGUGUUUCGUUUGAUCUGAUCAUGGACCAAAAACAUGAGAGCAGCGAAAGUGGUCAUCCAGAAUGCCCAGGAAGAAUAAGUGCAAUUUUAAAUAUGUUCAAUGAGUUUCAACUGACAAAUAGGCUUUUAGUUUUACCAUCGAGAGAAGCUGAAGAAAGUGAAUUACUUCUUGCUCAUUCUAAAGAACAUAUAGAUGAAAUGUCAAAUUUAUACAAAUUGUCGCCAUCAGAAUUAAGUGAAAAAGAAAAAUGUUAUGAUUCUGUGUAUUUGACUGCAGAUACAUAUAAAGUAUCGACACUAGCUUCUGGGUGUUUGUUGCAAGUAGUUGAUUCUGUAUUAAAUAAUGAAAGUGCAUCGGGCGUGGCUGUAAUUCGUCCUCCUGGGCAUCAUGCAGAACUUGAUAUAGCUUGUGGUUUCUGUAUCUUUAAUUCUGUUGUUAUUGCUGCAAACUAUGCUUUAAAUAAAUAUGGUCUCAAAAGAAUUAUGAUUUUGGAUUGGGAUAUACAUUUUGGCAAUGGCACAAUGAGAGCAUUUAGUUCUGAUCCUAGAGUUUUAUAUAUAUCAAUACAUCGUUACCAAAAUGCAAAAUUUUUUCCAUGCUCUGAAGAAGGCUCACAUAAGGUGACGGGUUCAGGGAGUGGAGAGGGAUAUACCAUUAAUAUACCCUGGAAUAAAAAUGGUAUGGGUGAUGCUGAAUACAUUUCAGUUAUGCAAAAUAUAAUUUUACCAAUAGCCUAUGAAUUUUGUCCUGAACUUGUCUUGGUGUCAGCUGGAUUUGAUGCUGCAGUAGGAGAUCCACUUGGAGGUUGUAAGGUGACUCCCGAAUGUUAUGGACAUCUCACACAUUUUUUAUCAUCAUUAGCCAAUGGUAAAGUCAUACUUGCCUUAGAAGGAGGUUACAAUAUUGAUGCAGUUUCAUAUUGUAUGACCAUGUGCACAAAAGCUUUGCUUGGCGACCCUCUACCACCUUUAAACUUGGAAUUUCCCAUUUGUAAAAAUGCUCAGAAGACAAUAAAAAGAGUAGUUAAUGUACAAAAAAAUUAUUGGUCAUGUUUUAAGUUUUUCAAUUACGAAAGAACAAGUAAACACUCAUUUAGUGUUAAUGAUUAAAUGUCUUCAAUAGUUAUUGUUAUAUUGUUGAUCACUUAGUUUUAUACUUUAGAUAAUUUUUGUAAUUUAAGUGUCAUAGUUUUUAAGUAUUUAUGUAUAUUGUUUAUGUAUAUUAUUUAUUAGUUU